CUGCAAGUUCAUCCCUUUGCUUAACUUCCCCGAGAAGACAGGAGAAGCCUUCUGUGAUACAGCAUAUGAAGUUUGUCAGGAAGUCCCUGGUUUUGCAGAGUGGGAUUACAGUAUCUGAGAAGAAAAAAAAUCCAUCAUCAGGCCAUUAUGUUCACUCUCCACCAAGAGGAGCAACAAUUUUUAUUUAAAAGUCAAACAAAAUUUUCUGCAAGCCUUGAUUUGCCUUCCUCCCAGCAACAAACUAUAGUGCAGCAACCCAAAGCCAAAACAGAUGUAUGGCUAAAGCAGCCUCCUGAUUUUAGCUACCGGCUCUAUAGAUCAUCCAACCCUUCUCAGAAGCCACAAGGAAAGGGAAAAGGGGAACCGAAGCCAAAAAUGACCUCUGAGCCCAUAGUCAUGCAACAGCUUUCCAGGCUUAGGUCCAGGUUGCUCCUUCCUCUCUCAGAAAAGAAAAGGGACUUGCCUCAGCUUGUCACUCGCUUUCCACGGAUCGGCUCUUAUGAGGCCAAAAUACUGUUUGUGAAGAAUGGCAAAUAUAAGACUGGUGUAUAUGAAGACCCCAAACCGCACGAUUACAGACAGUAUGAAGCUAAUUUACCAAAUCUUGUGACAAGUUACUCCAGAGAUCCUUUAAAUCUGAAAUUAAAAUCACAACAUUUAAACACAGUAUUUUCAGAUCCUGGACUUGAACCACUGAAAGGAAAGCAAAAGGAUUCUAAUAGGAGAUUUCUUACAUACAAACCCUGUGAAAGCAAAUGGGAUCCACGACUGCUACUACCAAAGAAUCCCUGGCCACCUAAAUCUGCUUCAUUUACAAGGCACAGACAGCGGCGUGGUGCUCACACUGCAUUCCUGGAUCGUGUGGAGGAAAAGCUGUGCCAGCUGCAGCAGGGAGAGGCAGGCAGAGAUGUGAGUGUUCGUUCUGCUAGAGUAGGGACACAGGGUCUAGUCACAUCCAGAGGGCAAACAUGAUUUUGCUCUCCUGUGGUCUUAGAUGAGAAAGGAUUGAUGUGUGCUGGCAGAAGCCAUAAUUCCAUUGGUUUGGGAGGGUCAGGAGGACUCUGACACCCAAUUAAACUGAAUAGGCCCAAGACUUUCUUUGAGUCCAGAGCAAAAAGUGCAGAUAGCUUGGCUGGCCUUCCUCAUGCUGGCUUGUACUGGUGAAAGCUUACCACCAAGUGACAUCCUUGCAGCAUCCAGGAUGGCCCUGGCUUACACGGGCUCAGUGUGUCCAUGCAGGCAAUGAAGCAUUGUCUCAGAGUCUGAGUUGCAGCGUUGAUAAUCUGAGUGAGAUGAAGCCAUGAAAAUGUGCUGGUCGCAACAUUGACCUUUGCUGGAAUAGCUUGUGCUUCUUGGAAAAAUACACUUGUCUGAGAGGAGUCCUCUGCUCCUAUAGCCAGGAUCUACACUUCUGCUUGUCAAGUCUCUUAAAUGAGGUCAUGGUGGGCAGCUUCCUAAAGCAGGUGUGUCGUGGUUUAGGCCCAGCCGGUAGCUGGGUGCCACGCGGCCGCUCACUCACCCCUCCCCCAGCGGUACGGGAAGGAGAAGUAUAACAAAAGGCUUGGGUCGAGGUAAGGACAGGGAGAGAUCACUCACUAAUUACCGUCAUGAGCAAAACAGACUGAAUGUAGUGAGGAGAUUCAUCUAAUUUAUUACUAGGCAAAACAGAGUAGAGCAAUGAGAAAAUACAAUCAACUCUUAAAACACCUCCCCCCACCCCUCCCAUCUUCUCGGGCUCAACUUCACUCCUGGCUUCAACCUCCUCCCCCCUCAGCAGCACAGGGGGACGGGGAAUGGGGGUUGCGGUCAGUUCAGCACACAUUGUCUCUGCCGCUUCUUUGUCCUCAGGGGGAGGACUCCUCUCAACAUUCCCCUGCUCCAACAUGGAGUCUCUCCCACGGGCUACAGUCCUUCAUGAACUGCUCCAGCGUAGUCUCUCCCACAGGGUGCAGACCUUCAGGAGCAGACUGCUCCAGCGUGGGGUUUCUCCCACAGGGUGCAGACCUUCAGGAGCAAACUGCUCCAGCGUGGGGUCUCUCCCACAGGGUCACAAGUCCUGCCAGCAAACCUGCCCUGGCAUGGGCUCCCCUCUUCACGGGUCCACCGGUCCGGCCCGGACUUGCUCCAGCGUGGGCUUCCCACGGGCCACAGCCUCCUUCAGGUGCCUCCACCUGCUCCAGCGUGGAGUCCUCCACGGGCUGCAGGUGGAAUCUCUACACCCCCUCAUCCUUCCUCCAUGGGCUGCAGGGGACAGCCUGCUUCACCAUGGUCUUCACCACGGGCUGCAGGGGGAUCUUUGCUCUGGUGUCUGGAGCGCCUCCUCCCCCUCCUUCCUCACUGACCUUAGUGUCUGCAGAGUUUCUUACAUAUUCUCACUCCUCUCUCCAGUUCCAAAAGCUUUUUUUAAACUCUUUUGUUUUCCUUCUUAAAUAUGUUAUCACAGAGGCGCUGAGUGGCUUGGCCUUGGCCAGCGGCGGGCCCGUCUUAGAGCCGGCUGGCAUUGGCUCUAUCAGACACAGGGUAAGCUUCUAGCAGCUUCUCACAGAAGCCACCCCUGUAGCCCCUCCCGCUACCAAAACCUUGCCACACAAAACCCAACACAAGGUGGAAGGUAGGACUGCUUUUUAAUGUGUUAGGAGACACUUUUAGAUUCCAACACACCUCUCCUUCAGUAUUCCUGGGCUGCUGACUCUUUACAGUGCCCUCCAACACAGUACCCAUGCCUGGCUGCCAGAGUCCCAGGAGGAAGAGAAAAAUGUCCAUGAAAUACACCAUUUUCUGCUUCUGUCUUGUCUAGAACAAGCUUCUCAUGGGGGAAAAUCUUGAUCUUCUCACUGGUGAAACCAGUUUGCUGUAAAACUGCAUUUUCUCCUAUAGUGUUUGAUACUAGCCUGAUGUGAUCUUAUAGGGUGAUGACUCUAUUUAAAUGACAAUGUCUUUCCUUUCACAGGAAUCCCAGCCUGAACAGCAUGGUGCUGAGGAGAAAGCAAUGCGGUAGAGACUCCACACCAUUAUCCAUGCUAACGUACCAAACUUCUGUUCCCAAGAAGUGUGUUCAUCUGCACACAUUAUGGAAGACACUAGUGGUCCUGAGCUGUGUCUUGUGUCUAUCCUGUGAGGUCCGAUAUGAGCUCUCUGAGAACCCUAUCCUGCUGUAACAAAGCAGGCCUAGGUCCUUCGAACAAUACAAAACCUGGAACAGAGAGCCCCCUUUAUCAAUGAUGUUCAAAUAUUUUAGCAAAAUAUCUGGUUUUUACUGUAAAUACCAGGAGGGAACAGAAACAUAGUAAAUGCACUUUUUCUGUUUUAGUAGUGAGUAUUUGACCUCUUUCCCUUAGGUCCUGAUUUGUGAAAUAACAUGGAAGGUAGCAUUAUUAUCUCUUUCUACUUAACAAAUUCCUCUCUAUAUAUAUCUCUCCAUAUUGCUAAAAAUUACUUACCAACUCUUCCAUUUAAUUAAUUAUUUUCCCUAAACAGUCACUCAGUUAUCUGGAGGUAAAAGAAAUGGCACAGCCCAUCGCACUCCUGAGAACUAGAGAGGCUGUGUGCCAUGAUGAGCUUACUUUGGAAACUCCUUGUCCUCUCCACCCAAGAGCUGGUGGUGAUCAGCAGGCUGUGCCAAAAUCAACCCUCAUGCUUCCUCUUUCCUUGACAGGAACAGCUGC